AUGUCACGGUUUGUUUUAAAAACGUUCUGUAAGACUCGACAGGGUAUCUUGGUUCUUUACUACUUGUUUGAGUCAUUGACGCCUCACUGGCGUCAGAGAACCAGCUCUCAGCGUCGCUGCUGUCUGACACUUCCCUCCUCUCUCCAGCCAGCUUGCUGGCCUGCCUGCUGGCCUGUACAGCAGCCACCACAUUCCUCCUUUUGCUUCGCCUCUUCACCGGGGCAGAAGCCUCCACUUCCAUCACCUCCUCUGUCUCUCCCUCCAAUCCAGUUCCCAAAACCGACUCUACACUGUUCCUCCUUUCAUUCUGUCCUCCUACCUCCACCUCACCUAUCCCUCUCUGAUCCCCACACACUAAAUGCUCCUCACUGUCCUUCACCUCCUCCUGUCCUCCCUGCACACCGACAUUCUCUCCCUCCACACUUUCACCCUCACCACCAUUCACCCCAUCACUACACACCACCGUGCACCCCUCCGUUCCCACACACACACUCAUCCCACUGUCCACCACUGACACCUCAACAAUACCCUCUGCUGGUUCUACUGCAGCGGGUUCCUCCGCCGCCACCGCGGGUUCCCCCGCCGCAGCAGCGGGUUCCCCCGCAGCAGCCGCGGGUUCCCCCGCCGCAGCAGCGGGUUCCUCCGCCGCAGCAGCGGGUUCCUCCGCCGCAGCCGCGGGUUCCUCCGCAGCGGCAGCGGGUUCCCCCGCAGCAGCCGCGGGUUCCCCCGCUGCACUAACCUCACGAGGUGAGGCCCCCUCCUGCUCAGCAGCAGCGGGCUGCUGCUUCGCCGAACCCGGCGGGGCCGGCCCGGCCUUGUCUGGACACAUUUUUAUAAUGUGUCCCUCUUGUCCACAACCAAAACACUUCAUGUUGGAAGAAGUGGCAAACAACAUGUAAUCAAAAUCAUCUAUUUUAACAUGAAACCUCAAAUUUAGUUCUUCGUCUCGACGGUUUAAUAUCAUAAACAGUUGUCUUCUGUGCGAUACAACGUGUUUCAGUAACGGUGACUUACAGCCAGAUAAAACCUUCCUUAUCGGCGACACCACUUUACCGUGUCGUGACAACUCUUUUAUCAGAAACUCAUCGCUAAUAAAAGGAGGAACGUUUGAUAACAUUACCUUAGUUGCAGGUAAAGUUAAAGGCGAAACAUGUAAAAACAAGCCGUUGACAGACACGCCCGCUUCCACCAAACGCUGAGCCUGCUCCACUGUCUCCACAAACAACACCACCGCUCCAUUCAUCCGUGCUGCCGACCUAAUUGCCCCGUGCCCAAUCACCUCACCCACAGCUAAACAAACUUCCUCCACGCUGCACGGAGAACCAGCACCCACCUUGAUGCCGUUCUUCCGUGUCAGCGUGGAGAAAGACCCACCACCAACAACUACCAUGGCGUCCUAAGACGCCGGCCUGACGGCCACACCCGAACCCACAAAAACCCCUUAAAACGCGACGAAGCUAACACGAAAUUACAAAUAAACAAGUAACACAAACACCCAGUGAAAAAAAACAGUAAGAAAAAAACAAAGAUAGAAAAGAUUCAAUCACUCGC